GAAAGGUCACGUGCCCACCGGUCAUGCUGUGUCUUGUAACGACGCGUUAACGGCUCUUUUUUUAACGGUUAGUCGCCGCUGAUUUAAGCCCGGGAGCGUCUUUACCGCAGCGGGGCCGUCUUCUGUCGACAUCGGCCUCUUUUAAAACAGUCAAAACGUUUCCUGUGUUUGUUAGAGGCCCGGGAAGUAUCGCGAGGAUGGAGAAGGCGACCGGCAGCCCGUCACCCAGGCCUCUGGGAGCGCCGGACAGAAGGGCGGUCAGACCCUCUGCCUCUCCGGAUCAGCACUCAGACUCGCCCCCCGAGCACAAGGAGCGCCCGUCUAAGUCGCCAAGGAGACGGCGGGAGGGGAAGAGGUCACAGCGGAGGGGGGUUGGUCACGAACAGCUGCUGUUGGAGAUGGAGCGGCGGAGGUUGCCAGGCCAACAGGAGCACGCCGAAGCUUCUGGUUCACCGUGCGACGCAGCGGAAAGUUCUCCCAGGAGACGGGCUCACUUCCUGCAUGGACCGUACCCGGCCACCCACUUCGGACCCAAAGCCUGCAUUCUUCCCAACCCAACCUCUGUGAUGCACAUCCAGGACCCGGCGAGCCAGAGGCUCACCUGGAACAAGCCUCCCGUCAACGUUCUGGUCAUCAGGAAGGUCCGAGACGAGAGCCUGGUGGAGCCCUUCAAGCAGCUCUGCAGCUUCCUAGUAGAGGAGAAGCAGAUGAUGGUGUACGUGGAGCGCAGGGUGGCCGACGACGCCUCGCUGUCCAAGGACGAAGCUUUUGGCUCCAUCCGGAACCAGCUGUGCACCUUCAGAGAGGGAUAUGACGACAUCUCCGACUGCAUCGACCUCAUCAUCUGCCUGGGCGGCGAUGGAACUCUGCUCUACGCCUCGUCUCUGUUCCAGGGCAGCGUCCCGCCCGUCAUGGCCUUCCACCUCGGCUCUCUGGGUUUUCUGACACCCUUCAAGUUUGAAUCCUACAAGAUCGAAGUGGCCAAAGUGUUUGAAGGUAACGCGGCCAUCACCCUGCGCAGCCGCCUGAAGGUGAAGGUGGUGAAGGACAUGCUGCAGACCGCAGAGCCGCCGCCGCCGCUGCAGGAGCACAACGGACUCCUCCCUCACGGACACACCAACAGCGAGGCUGGAAAGGUCACCCUGCAGCUGCAGGUGUUGAACGAGGUGGUGGUGGACCGAGGUCCGUCCUCCUACCUGUCCAACGUGGACCUGUACCUUGACGGACGCCUCAUCACCUCCGUGCAGGGCGACGGCCUGAUCGUGUCCACGCCCACGGGGAGCACGGCGUACGCAGCCGCGGCGGGAGCGUCCAUGAUCCACCCCAACGUCCCCGCCAUCAUGGUCACGCCCAUCUGCCCCCACUCGCUCUCGUUCAGGCCCAUCGUGGUGCCGGCUGGCGUGGAGCUCAUGAUCACGCUGUCUCCUGAUGCGCGAAACGCCGCCUGGGUUUCGUUUGACGGCAGGCGGCGGCAGGAGAUCCGGCACGGAGACUGCAUCAAGAUCACCACGUCGUGUUACCCCGUCCCGUCCAUCUGCUGCCACGACCUGGUCUACGACUGGUUCGAGAGCCUGGCUCAGUGUCUGCACUGGAACGUGCGGAAGCGGCAGGCCCGGCUGGCGGACAUCUCCGACUCCUCAGACACGGAGAGCUGAAGGUCCUCCUGCAGGAGCCGGACGCCAUCACGCCAUCGCCACAUUCCACCGCAGCGUCUUCUUUAGCGUUAGGAGAGAAAUGUUCUGAUCCAGUUUUUAAAAUGUACAUUUAGACCCAAACUACGCUUGAAUGUUCUGUAAAUGGCUUUGAUCGCUUUUGACCGUCAGGAGAAGCUCCGCCUCCAAACUGUAAAUGUGUACAUACAGGAGCCAGAGAUAUAGAAGAUGAGGUGAUAUUUAUACAUUUGCAGACGUUAGUUCAGAAUGACGUGUCCAUAAAUCUGGGUGGUAGAAGAACCGGGCCGGUCUCAUCGGACCAUGAUGGUCCUGUCACAGAAAAUGGGAGAAGCAGAAAUAAAAAUCCGUCUUUGUCUCAG